AUGAAGCUCUCCCCGGUCCUGAGAUCGCUCGCAACGGCUCUCCGAAUCCCAGUCUUGACUCGAGAAAGCUCGGCCAUGCGCUUGGCCAAGCCCAUUGUCGGACAAACGCAACUGACAUACCCAGUUUCGCCCUUCUCUACAACUGCAAAACUUCAGGCUCGCAACAGCAAACGUCCGAGGACAGAUCCGCGAAUAACUCUAAUACGCUAUCAUCUCCACCACCCUCUAAAUCCUCGCCCCCUCCGCCUCUCCCGCCUGCGCUCCCUUCGUCAUUGGACCAUUCACCGUGCAGCCCAGCUAGUCAUGCACCGUGACCGUUUACUGCGAGACCGAGAAUUAGAACGCCAAUACAAUGCCAUGCGCGCCGCCUGCGAGGAAUUGCGAUUAGGUGUGGGUGAUGGAGGGAGGUUGUAUAGGCAGGCCGUGAGCAGGAAGGGAAUCUUUGGGGGCCCAAGGGUCGCGGAAGGGGGAGGGGUCGUGGGAAAUGGGGGUAUACCGAUUGAGUAUGCGAGAGCGCAGACGGAGGGGCCUAGUCGCGGAGGCUGGGAUGAAGGAUGGACAAGGGGAUGA